AUGGAGAGAAAGAGAGAAGGAAUUGCUGUGGGCUUUGCCCCUGCAUUUUCUCCUAAUUCCUAUGGGACCUGGAGCCCAGGUCACAUACAGAGCACCCCCUUGACCAGUGCAGCACCACCAUUUGCAUUUGGCCAGCAGGACACAGACAAAGCCCUGAAUAUAAUCCUUAUUAUGGUCCUCUUUGUCAUCAUGGUAUCUCUGGGGCGUACGAUGGAGAUAGCCAAGAACAUAACUCACCUCGGGAAACCCAAAGCCGUGGUAAUUGCUGUAAUGUCUCAGCACUUCAUCAUGCCCUUGACUGCAUUCGUAUUGGGCAAGAUCUUCCAGCUGGGUGCUACAGCAUCCCUGGCCAUCCUCAUCUGCGGCUGCUGCCGGGGAAACCUCUCCAACAUCUUUAGUCUGGCACUGGGAGGGGACAUGAAUCUCAGGUAAGGAGAGCUGAAUACAUGCUCAUUGGUCCUUUCUUCAUCUGGACUAAUGCCUCUCCUUCUGUACAUUUACUCGGGAGGACUAUAGGAGGCUGGUUGGGCAGGCAAGGUGCCUUACAGAGGAAUAAUCACUUCCCUGGUCCUAAUGCUAAUCCCCUGUGCCAUUGGCAUCAUCUGGAACGAGAAGAAACCACAAUACACUGGCUUUAUCAUCAAGAUAAGAAGGAUGGUUGUGCUUCUAUUGUGUGUCGCAAUAAUUGUUCUGUCUGUGGCCAAUGUGGGAAGUAGUAUCAUGGUUGUCUUCUCACCUUCCCUCCUGGGAUCUGCUGCCUUGAUGCCUUUUAUUGGACUCCUGCUGGGCUAUGUUCUCUCCGCAGUACUCAAGCUUCAUGACUGAUGCAGGCGGACAGUGUGCAUGGAAACUGGCUGCCAGGAUGUUCAGCUUUGCUCAGCUAUACUCACAGUCGCUUUUGCUCCAGAAAUCAUCGGCCCUCUGUACUUCUUCCCACUGCUUUACUUGCUGUUCCAGGUUGGAGAGGGACUUCUGCUGAUCCUCGUCUUCAGGAUCCAUGACAGAAUAAAGAAACCAAAUGAUGCAGCAAAAAUUAUCUGUGCAGCUGUGGACACAAUUACUGCUCAAGAAAUGAAACCAGUGUCAAGACCCUGCAGAAGCAGUGGGAAACCAGGAAAACUACAAAUUCUGCAGCAGCCACUAUCACAGUCCCUCCGAGCUCCACCUUCUGCAGCCAGUUUACAGGUCUCCAGCAGUUCUGUGUAA